AUCAUCCGGUUGAGCCGUGGGUGGAUAAACGUCCCUGUUUACCUUCCCCUCCGUUGAGAUUAUCGUCGUGCCAACUUGCUGAGUGGCUAAAUGGACUACCAUUAUCCGCUGCUUUGGGGGUAACGUCUCCCGUUCGUCCCUCAGCGUGUAUGUGUGAAAGAAAAACGACCCGGAGACUGGGGAUAUCCCCGAUUGUUUGAAGCCCAAACGUCGUUGUCCAAGGCUAAGCUAACAGCAGCGCAGCGUUUCGGGUGGGGGUUGAAAUUUUUUUCUUUUUUUUUUUCUUUACUCGGCCCCUCGAAAGAAAAUAUAUUGUCGGGAGUAUGUUGUAAAACGAUGACAAGCGCAAGAGACGGAGCUAAUGGAGGAGAGCUUCUUGGAGGUGAAGAAAUGCCAGUGGAUGGGUAUCGGUUAAACGAACGUUAAAGAGCUGUUAAGUGUGUCAGCUAAGCGGAGCUAGUUGGUUAGCUUAAUUUAUCAAGGAAGUUGACUAGCCACCUUGCUAACUCGGUCACAAAUGUAUUACUGGACCAAGGGUCGCCUCAAACGUCUGGGAUAUUUAUAGAGCUCAAGAUCCGCAUCUCAUGCUAGCGAACCAUUUCUUUCAGAAAAGUGAAGGCGUAAAGAUUUAACGUGGAAAUUCAAACAACGCCAGUCUUCAUUAGUUGGUUUAUUGCUAGCUAGAAACUCGGGGCUAGUUGUAAACAAAGGGUCCCGAGCUCCCCGGGUCCACGUCGGGUUAUCUUUCAUCGCUUGUUUGACGGGUAUUUCUACUUUUUAUUUAAACUAACGUUCCAAAAUGGAUUUAAAAACGGCUGUUUUUAACGCAGCCAGGGACGGGAAGCUCCGUCUGCUCCAGAAACUGUUAGAGAACAAAGAUGGACACGAGGUGACCAAGCUGAUGGGAGAGAAGACGAACGGGGCCACCCCGCUCCUCAUGGCCUCCCGGUACGGACACCUGGACCUAGUGGAGUAUCUGCUGGAGUGCUGCAGUGCUCCAGUGGAGGUCGGUGGGUCUGUGAACUUUGAUGGGGAGACCAUUGAGGGAGCCCCCCCUCUCUGGGCAGCCUCAGCAGCGGGUCACCUUAAGGUGGUCCAGUCCCUUCUGGGUCACGGAGCCUCUGUUAACAGCACCACCUUGACCAACUCGACGCCUCUUAGGGCAGCCUGCUUUGACGGACACCUAGACAUUGUGAAAUACCUGGUGGAGCACAAAGCUGACCUGGAGGUGGCCAACAGACACGGUCACACGUGUCUCAUGAUCUCCUGCUACAAAGGACACAAAGACAUAGCACAGUACCUGCUGGAGAAAGGAGCAGAUGUCAACAGAAAAAGUGUCAAAGGCAACACUGCUCUUCAUGACUGUGCAGAGUCGGGCAGUCUGGAGAUUAUGAGGAUGCUACUGCAAUUUGGAGCAACUAUGGAGCAGGACGGCUAUGGCAUGACACCCCUGCUCUCUGCGAGCGUCACAGGACACACUAACAUCGUAGAUGAACUGACAACCCAUCAUCAGACAAGCCACAUGGAACGAAUUGAUGCUCUGGAGCUCUUGGGAGCGACGUUUGUCGAUAAGAAGAGAGAUCUGCUUGGAGCUUUGAAAUACUGGAAGAGAGCCAUGGACCUCAGGUACAUCGACAGCAACAACAUCGUCCAUAAACCAGAACCCAAGCAGCUGAUCAUGGCAUACGACUAUGCCAGGGAGGUAACAAACAGUGAGGAGUUAGACGGGCUGAUAUCCGACCCGGACGAGAUGCGUAUGCAGGCACUCCUUAUCCGUGAGAGAAUCCUGGGCCCCCAGCACCCAGACACGUCUUACUACAUCCGUUACCGAGGUGCUGUCUAUGCUGACUCUGGGAAUUUUGAGCGCUGUAUCAACCUGUGGAAGUAUGCGCUAGACAUGCAGCAGAGUAACUUGGACCCCCUGAGCCCCAUGACUGCCUCCAGCCUGCUGUCGUUCGCUGAGCUCUUCUCCUUCAUGCUGCAGGACAGGGCCAAGGGGCUGCUGGGGACAUCGGUGUCAUUUGAGGACUUGAUGGGAAUCCUUUCCAAGAGUGUGUUGGAGAUUGAGCGGGCAGUUAAACAAAACGGACCCAUGCCUCCUGACCCUGCGCAGCUUAGCAAGGCCCUGUCAAUCAUCCUGCACCUUAUUUGUCUUUUAGAGAAGGUGCCAUGUACUGCAGAACAGGAUCAUUUCAAGAAGGAAACUAUCUAUAGAUUUUUGAAGCUCCAGCCAUGUGGUAAGAACGGCUACAGCCCGCUUCACCUGGCUGUUGACCGCAACACUACCUGUGUGGGUCGCUAUCCAGUCUGCAAGUUCCCUUCCCUCACAGUCGCCUCCAUCCUUCUCGAGUGUGGGGCGGAUGUGAACAGCCGGGAUGAAGAUGACAACAGUCCUCUUCACAUAGCUGCAUCCAACGGUCACCCUGACAUCAUGAACCUGCUGAUUUCAUGCGGGACUCACUUUGACAGCACUAACGCCUUCCAACAAACAGCCUGCGACCUCCUGGAUGAGAAGGAGCUGUCCAGGAACAUCAUCCAGCCCAUCAACCACACCACGCUGCAGUGCCUAGCCGCCAGGGCCAUCAUCAAGCACAGCCUCGACUACCGGGGAAACAUCCCAGAGAAACUGGAGGCCUUUGUAUUGCUCCACAGAUAAUGAUCGGAUGGAUAGAAAGAGGAAGGGCGGGGGUGUGAUUACAUGGAGUGGAUUGAGGAGUGCUAGAGUUUAACACCUGACCCACGAGGUGUUGGAGGAGCUGAAAGACAAUUUUGUGGGUUAGUUUUGCAUAUUCAAACCAUUUGGAGAUUACAAUUCAAACAAAAUGCCCUCAUUCAAUGAAAAUAAACUGAAAUCGAUUGAAGUUAAAGAAGGAGCAAGUUUACACUUUGUUCCUCUGUUUUUUCUCUCCUGGAGCCACAGCUCUGACUGUUCACAGCCGAUCUGUGGGAGAUGUAUCAGGAGAGAAUUGCAACAUGGACAAACACAGUUGUAUCUCUGGAUGAACUGAGCGAGAGGUUUACAUAAUUUUGCUUUAUAAAAAAUAGAUUUUUUUUUUUUGCAUAUUCCACUAUGCUAUUUAUUGAUUGAAACUUGAGAGAUUUUUCUCCAUGCUGGCUCCAACCCGGCCUCAACUUUGCCUGCUUCUGUCUUCUGAAAGCAAGGACUGAGGUGUUUCUACAUAUGCUGGGACUUCAGGUUGUUUUUUUCUUUUUCCCAUCACUGUUGCCAACAGUCAUGGACCCUUACUCGGUUCUCAUUAGGUUACUCCUGUGUUUUUGUUUUUUUUUGUUAUUUUUUUCCUUUUCAAUACUUUUAGUUACGCUCAUGCAAAUCCGGAUCUGCCAAGUGGUGUGGAGCCUCGACUCAUUUUGUUAUCAAAGCUUUACGAGAAGGGUUUAAUGUCUGCGAACACCAUAAGUGCUUUAUUCUUCCUAUGCACAGGCUAGGCUGUUGGAAAGAGAGACUGUUGUAUUCUAUGCCGGCACUCGUCUGUGCAAUAUCUCUCAUGAGUUUUUUGUGUUUACCUCAUUGCUGCCGUUUCCUCUGUACCCUUUUCCUUCUCACAAGGAAGACAAAGAGGAUGCAAAACCAUUGUACUGAUUGAUGUAAGACGAGUGCAUGAAUUGGAGCGACUGUGUAUGUUUGUAUUUGUCUGAGUGAAUGUGUUUCAUGGAUGCAUUUUUGUUUGUUUUUUGGAGCUUACACAGCUGAUUGAGGACAAGAGUUUGGUUGAAGUGGCACUCAUGGAGAUUCCAUAAUGCACAUGACUGCCACAAGAAACCACAACAGCCAAACAAACUGUCUACAGCAGCCUGAGAGUGUGCUGGCUUGUACACAGAAGUGACCUCUUAACAUUCAUACAAGGCCGACCUUUAAACUUCAUCUUUAAGUAAUCAUGAUCAAAAAGAAAAAUCUGGGUAGGCUACCAUCGUCGGCCCACUGUGCAUGUGCAGCAGCAGCAUAUCAAGCAACUAAUCACUGCAGAAAACCUUUCAUUUGAUCAUUUUGUGCAACUGUCGUCCAUUUCUAUGAGAAGUGAAGACAGAUGAGUGGGAGGAUGCCUCAACAUCGACAAUAGUACAGCUUUGUGAAUUUGUUUGCACAUUAGCUUUAGAUGUGUGGGUUGAAAAAAGGGCUUUUCAUAAUUUGUAGGAUUUCAUAUUGCAGUUUAUCAAAUCUGACAGUUCAAAACCAGACAUAGAAAAUGUAUGAGGACUCCCAGGGCAACUUGAUUUGAAUCUGCACUUUACUACAGCGGAGUUUAAGAUUUGAUAUGGCAUUAAUUAAUUUCAUGUCUUAAUAACCAGUUUGACAAUAAACCCAUGUUGCACUUG